CUGCCGCCGCCGCUGCCGCCGCCGCCGCCGCCGCCGCGCGCGCGCGCAGCUCAAGUAAAGGAGGAAAAAAAAGGGGGGAAAAAUAGAAAGCGGCUGCAGCGGCAGCAGCGAUCCGCCGCUGGACUCAGCCAGGCCGGGCGGCGAGCUAGCGAGCCAGCGACCCAGGGGACAGGCAGCGGCCAUCCAGGGCGGGCCGUGUGAAAAAAAUAAAAAGUCGCGGCGGCGGCGGCCGCUCAGGGAAGGAGGCCCGAGGGCCGCGUGCGGCGGGUUGGGGGCGACCGCGCGGCGUCCCGGAGCCUUGAGCGCCCGGAUCCGGCAGGCGGGUGGAGGCGGAGGCGGCUGCGGCUGCGGCUGAAGCAGGAGGCGGCAGGCGCAGGAGCGACGGCGGCGGCGGCGGCAUCUCCUCCUCACAUGACCCCACUGUUUGUCCCCGUGAUCAGCGCGAGCGGCUCCCGUGUCUCCUCCGUCCCCUCCUGCCGCGCGGCGUGAGCGCCGGGCUCGGGGGCCCCCCCGGCCGCCCGCCCCCUCCCCUCCCUCCCCCUCCCUUCCCCUCCCUCCCCUCCCCUCCCCCCGGGCCUCGCGCCCCCCCCGCCCCCGCCCCCCCCAUGGACAUGCUGGACCCGGGUCUGGAUCCCGCUGCCUCGGCCACCGCUGCAGCCGCCGCCAGCCACGACAAGGGACCCGAGGCGGAGGAGGGCGUCGAGCUGCAGGAAGGUGGGGACGGUCCUGGGGCGGAGGAGCAGACGGCGGUGGCCAUCGCCAGCGUCCAGCAGGCGGCGUUCGGUGACCACAACAUCCAGUACCAGUUCCGCACAGAGAAUAAUGGAGGACAGGUGACAUACCGUGUAGUCCAGGUGACUGAUGGUCAGCUGGAUGGCCAGGGCGACACAGCUGGUGCCGUCAGCGUGGUGUCCACAGCUGCCUUCGCGGGGGGGCAGCAGGCUGUGACCCAGGUGGGUGUGGAUGGGGCAGGCCAGCGCCCUGGCCCCGCUGCUGCCUCUGUGCCCCCAGGUCCCGCCGCACCCUUCCCGCUGGCUGUAAUCCAAAAUCCCUUCAGCAAUGGUGGCAGCCCGGCCGCUGAAGCUGUUAGUGGUGAGGCACGGUUUGCCUACUUCCCGGCAUCCAGUGUCGGAGAUACAACGGCAGUGUCUGUACAGACCACAGACCAGAGCUUGCAGGCUGGAGGCCAAUUCUAUGUCAUGAUGACGCCUCAGGAUGUGCUUCAGACAGGAACGCAACGGACUAUUGCACCCCGGACACACCCCUACUCUCCAAAAAUUGAUGGAACCAGAACACCUCGAGAUGAGAGACGGAGAGCUCAGCACAAUGAAGUGGAGCGAAGACGGAGGGACAAGAUCAACAACUGGAUCGUCCAGCUUUCAAAAAUCAUUCCAGAUUGUAAUGCAGACAAUAGCAAGACAGGAGCGAGUAAAGGGGGCAUCCUGUCAAAGGCCUGUGACUAUAUCCGGGAGCUUCGCCAGACCAACCAGCGCAUGCAGGAGACCUUCAAGGAGGCCGAGCGGCUGCAGGUAGACAACGAGCUCCUGAGGCAACAGAUCGAGGAGCUGAAGAAUGAGAACGCCCUGCUUCGAGCCCAGCUGCAGCAGCACAACCUGGAGAUGGUGGGCGAGAGUGCCCGGCAGUGAUGCCUGCUCCACCAUGACGCCCCACCCCCAGCCCUUAGCACAGAGAGGGACACAUGCCCCUCCCCCAGCUGCGUUUUUUUAUAGUAGAUUUUUAACAAAAAAUGAAUGAAAUAAUGCAUUUCUGUGGAUACAUUACCCACUGCCCUCCUAGACUUGGAAAUGACCCCCAACCUCACCUGUCUGUCUGCCUCCCUUUUCUGGCCCUCCCUAAGCCCCAGCACUCCUGGUGGCCUUACAAGGGGGCGAGAGGGAGGAGGACAGAGGCCUUGCCGUUUCCUGCUGCCUCCUUGGUCUCUAGAGGUACUGAGACAGGGUGCUUAUGGGAAGGAGGGAGCUUUUGGGGGGCUACCCUGGGGCCUGGACCUAGGCAGAAAGGCCAUGUCCCACCCCACCUCUUGUUUCUGGAUCCCUGCUCCCCUUCGUGGGGGUGGUGUGCGUGCGUGUGUGUGUGUGCGUGUGUGUGUGUGCGUGCUUGUGUGUGUGUGCGUGUGUGUGCGUGUGUGUGUGUGUGUGUGUGUGUGUUAAUUUUCUUUAUGGAAAAAUGGUCAAAAAAAUAGAGAGAGGUAUUUAACUGCAAUAAACUGGCCCCAUGUGGCCCCCGCCUUGUC